UUUAUUUUUUACUUGAGUUACAUACGACUUCUCUCGUUGUAUAACACUCUUACGACUACCGUCUCAGGCCUUUGGGAAGUGGUGACGUUCGUACAUUUCACUCCGAGCCACUUCGUUAAACAGUGACGGCAGUGUCUGAAGAUCAAAUUUAAGCAAGAAGGGACAUCUAGAUCGAAAAUACAUCUCGGAAAUGGCACUCACCACUUCGCUUAUUCGCUCUGUGUGCCUGAGAGCCGUGCCACAGAUCCUCGCAAGAUCCCAGAGUUCUGCUGCCCAACCCGCACAUGUCGAAAAUGUUGAUGUUGCGAAGGCAAAAGCUGCCAAAGUUAAGUUUGACUGGAGAGAUCCACUUAACCUUGAGAGUCAGCUGACGGAAGAUGAAAUUAUGAUUAGAGAUGCCUUCCAUCAAUAUUGUCAAGAAAAAUUGAUGACCCGUAUCAAGGAUGCCAACAGACACGAGAAGUUUGAUAGGGAGAUAAUGUCUGAGAUGGGAGACAUGGGUGUCCUAGGCCCAACCAUCCAUGGGUAUGGGUGCCCUGGUGUUUCAUCUGUUGCCUAUGGCCUUAUUGCGAGAGAGGUGGAAAGAGUCGAUUCUGCCUAUAGGUCAGCAAUGUCAGUCCAGUCAUCACUAGUCAUGUACCCAAUUUGGGACUUUGGUACUGAGGAGCAGAGGUUGAAAUAUCUUCCAAGGCUUGCAAGGGGUGAGAUAAUUGGCUGCUUUGGACUUACGGAACCUAACCAUGGUAGUGAUCCUGCUGGAAUGGAAACCCGAGCCAAAUAUAUUCCUUCUGAUAAAGUUUUCCUUCUCAGCGGUUCAAAGACAUGGAUAACAAAUUCUCCCAUUGCUGAUGUUGCUGUGGUGUGGGCGAAGUGUGAUGAUGGCCACAUUCGUGGUUUUAUCUUGGAAAAAGGGAUGAAAGGGCUGGAUUGCCCCAAGAUUGAAGGUAAAUUUUCUCUCCGUGCAUCUGCUACUGGAAUGAUACUAAUGGAUGAUGUCGUCGUACCUGAAGAGAACAUGUUGCCUGGUGUAAAGGGACUUAAGGGCCCAUUCAGCUGCCUCAAUAAUGCUCGAUUUGGAAUUGCUUGGGGUGCAUUGGGUGCUGCAGAGUUCUGUUUAGAGACUGCUCGUCAGUAUACCCUCGACCGAAAACAGUUUGGACGUCCUCUUGCUAAUAACCAGCUCAUUCAGAAGAAGAUGGCAGAUGCUCUAACAGAAAUUGCACUUGGUCUGCAGGGAUGCUUGCAAGUUGGCCGUCUUAAAGAUGAAGGAAAGGCAACCCCAGAGAUGAUCAGCCUUUUGAAACGCAACUCAUGUGGCAAGGCUCUGGACAUUGCUAGACAGACACGAGACAUGCUGGGUGGUAAUGGAAUAUGUGAUGAAUAUCACAUUAUUAGGCAUGUUAUGAACUUGGAAGCUGUGAAUACUUAUGAAGGAACACAUGACAUCCAUGCUCUUAUACUUGGACGUGCAAUUACUGGCCUUCAAGCCUUUAGUGGAAAGUAAAUACUGUUUUUUUUUUUUUAAGGAAUUAUAAAUCUUGUAUAUUAAGUAUUGAAAAUUUUAAAAACAGAGAGCCAAUAGUUUUUUAUAUAACUGUAGUGUCAUAUCUAACUGUAAAGUCAUAUAACAUAAUUCUUGAAUGUGCCUAGGACCCUAAACUUUUCUGUUUUUUGUUAUCUUCAAGUUCUACAAUUUUGGAAUCUCUUGCACUUCCUACUCCACUAGUAUUGAGAUUACUCCACUAUUGAGAUAGAAAUUACAUUUAAUUUUAUUAUUUUAAAAUUGUAUAUACCACAACAAAAAGAGUAAAGUUUGUAGAGAAAAAUCAGCUUUCUACUGAUAAACCAUUAAGUGUUGCAUUAAUAAUUGUUAAUACUGUAGUCUACUUUGUAUAUUUCUACUGAAUUUUUCCUUUUUUGAUGUUAAGGAUAAAAAUUAUGGUGUAAUUCUGUGAUAUGUAAAUUUAAGGCUGAUGGAACUUGAAAGUAACAAAGUGGGGCUGUAUUUAGAAAGUGAAGUUACUAUGUUGUAAUGGACAUUUAUGGAUGUUAAUGUCGUGUGCAAAAUUACAGUAGCUACUGUAACUUAUAAGUUUUAGCCAUUUUAAUUUCUUAGGGUUUACAGAGACAUUUAAAUAGUUGUGUUGAGCCACAGCUGAAAAAUAUUGCUACAACACAGUACUUUACUAUCCAUUUACUACAAACAGUACUACUUUUCAGUCUAAUUACUACAAACAGGAGUAAAUUUUUAUCCCCAAAAUUACAUAACCCUUACAGAUACCGAAUACACGUGGAACCUAUCCUUUUCUUUAUCAUUCCUGUAAUUCUGAUUACUGAUAUUUUUGUUUUCAAGUCUGUGGUGCAACAAUUUCAUGUAAAAAAAAAAAAAUUGAGUAUUCAAGAAAUAAAAGUACUUGUAUAUUUCA